AUGUCUUCAACAAAUAGUUUAGAAAUUAAGCAAUCUUUAAAACGAUCUAGAAACUUUGAUACAAAUAAUAGAUCAACUAGUUUUGCUAAGCAAUUUUUUGAGAUUUAUUUAGUUCCUGAAAAUGAAGAAGAACCUGUAAGUAAACGUGCAAAAUGUCUUUUUGAAGGAUGUAAAACUGAUUAUAUUUGGCUUAGGUCAACUAGUAAUAUGAUCGGACAUUUGCGAAGCUCUCAUUAUAUAAUAAAAUCAACAAAAACAGCUAAAGAAAUUUUUAACAAAUCCAAAUCAGAACAUCUACCUGAACCACUUAACCAUGUACAACAAUCAUAUUUAACUCAACAACUUAUAAGAUUUAUUCUUUCAGGUACAUUACCACUUUCAAUUGUUAAUAAUGAAGAAUUUAAAAUAUUUUGUAAUUCACUUGAUCCUAGAUUUAGAGUUCCUGGUGUUAAUAUAAUAAAAACAAUGAUUUUUGAUGCUCAUAAUUGGACAAAUAACUUAAUCAAAAAUAAAAUUGCAGAAACAGCAGAACAUGUAGCACUUGCAUUAGAUAUUUGGUCAUCCCGCGUACAUGAUGCCUAUUUAGGACUUACUUGUCAUUGGCUUACAUCUGAAUUCAAAUUAUAUGAUAUUAUGUUAGAUAUGAUUGAUUUUCCAGAAUCACAUACCGCAACAGAAAUCCUAAUAAAAAUACAAUCAGAAUUAGUAAAAUUUGACAUUAAGGAGCUAUUAGAUGUUAUAAAAGAUGUUGAAACACGUUGGAAUUCAACAUUUCAUGCAAUUCAACGAUUGAUAAUAUUACAACCUUCUAUAAAACAUCUUCGCAGUUCUUUUUUAAAUAAUACUGCAAGUGAUAUUCGAAAAGAAGCAACUGAGAUUUUAGGGGGUUCAAAGUAUUCAACAUUAGACGUAACAAUUCCAGCAAUUAGGGAACUUGAAUAUCAUUUAAAAAGCAUUGGGAAAUCCCCUUUAAACAUUGGAUUAUAUGGGUCUUUCUUAGAUCCUCGAUUUAAGAAAUUAUUAUUUAUUACUAAUAAUGAAUUAAAGCAUCAAAUUAUUGAUGAUCUCCGAAAACAAUAUACUCAGCUUUUAGAAUCUAGUUCUUUUCCAAUUUCUACAGUUCAAGUUAAUUCUGAUAAUAAUUCCAAAAUGCAAUCAUUCUUCUGUUCAUUUAUUGAAGAUAAUGAACAAAAUGAAUUUGACU